UUCAAGUUGGGUUUUUAUCAUUCAUUUGUUUAAGUGACGGAUACAUAACAUGUUUAUUUAACAUGGUUUAAUUUCACAUGUUCAACUGUACAGUUCAUAAAUUUAGUUACAUGUAGUACUAAAUCCAAUUAACUUUAAAGAAGUAUGAAACACUUAAAAUAUCUUGAUGUUUACAUUAUUCUGACGGUUAUAUUUGAAUUUGUCUUGGAUGUAACGGUUGUGUAUGGCUUAAACGAAAGUUGGUCUUCUUAUUCAAAGGAUGGGACAUUAUGUUACUACUGUUCCCCGGGAACUUAUUUUAUUGAUGACUGUCUUACCCACAAUACUCAGGCUCAGUGUAAACCAUGCCCAACACAGACAUUCAUCACCUCCAAGAAUAUCGCUAUUUACUGUAAGCCUUGUACUCAAUGUGACCACGUAGUUAGAAAUUAUUACCUCGCAAUUGUGUUAGAAAAAUGUACGUCUACCUCAAAUACAGUUUGUGGAUGUAAACCUACACAUCAUUUUAUUCAAGAUCAUGGCGGGCUCGGAAGAGGACAUUGCUUCGAAAACACUAAAUGUUCAGCAGGCAGUGGACUCAUUAAACAAGCUACUAUGUUUUCGGAUACAGAAUGCACUGAAUGCAAUUUAGGAUACACAUAUAGCCCGUUCGAUUCAUACGAAAGUUGUAUCCCAUGUACAGAACAUUGUCCAAAUGGUACUCACAUCAAAAAUCCUUGCAAUCGUACGAACAAUAUCGUAUGUGAAAAAGACAAAGGUUUGCCAACACAGACGAAUAAUACGAAAAAUGAUAAAUUAACAAUGCGGCUUGCCAUUGUAUGUAGUACAGUGAUACCGGUGACGAUUGUCAUUGUCUGCUACAUUGUACUUAUAAAACGAAGACGGCGAGAAAGGCCAUCGAAUUCGUUUCAACUCGAUGACUUUAUGAGAGACAUACCUCCGUGGAUGAAAGAUUGUAUAAUUAACGACGUUGUAAACUGGCCAAAGCUGUUUGGCUGUUGUUCUACACAAGGGUUUGUGCUACCAGAUUGGGAAUCCUUCAUCCGAGAUUUAUGUAGGGGAUCAGAAAUGGCAGAACACGGAGAAAGAAUCGUAGCCUUAAGUAAAGAAUCGUAUGAAAAAGAUAAAGCAAAAUCUCGUAUGUAUUAUGCCAUGGAUCUAUGGAAGCAGAAGAACGACACAGGGGACGAUAUCAAAAUGUUGAAAACUUUCGCCUGGGCUUUUCGAAAUCAUCGAACUACUAUGAGAGAAAUGGUCUGCUGUUUAAAAUAACAAGAAGUAUCAUUGUCAUGGCGCUCAGUUUCGUCAUAUCUUUGCUCAACUACUUAAUUGUCCAACCAAUUGCAAACAUAUUUUGCAUUUUUAAAACCGGUGAUGUAUACAUGUGCCAAUAAGUUCUUGAUCAAUUAAGUUCAAUUUCUCGCUUAUUUUAAUAUGCAUCACUUUUUCUUUUUUUAAGUAGUAUUAAGUAAUAAUUCAAUUUUGAAUGUUACACGUCUUGUGAUUGGCUGACGUUGUUUGGUUUAUCAGCUCAAAGACACAACUUAGUCAUGUGACCGUGACGUUAUUAAAGUUUGUUCGUGGUUUACUCCGAUUUUAAAUUGAAUUAAGAAUUACAUCAUAACAAAUAACUGUAAUUUUUUUCUGGCUUUUCGAAAUAACAUAAAAAUG